AUGUGCGCUCCAAAACACUGUCCAACUGAUACACCACCUCAAAGAUCGUUUGUAGAAAACGUAACCGUUCAACAGUCGUCAACAGUAACACAAAUUAUAACUGUUGGACUUCCAACAGCAUCAUUUCUCUAUUUCCUCCAGUAUAUUAUUCGAUAUCUGUCAAAAUAUGGACGACCAAGAUCAGGCAAUAAACAGUCGUCGAUACCGCUUGUUUUGGUUACCAACGCCGAUACACUGUUGGGUACAAAAGCUGUCAAAAAAUUUGUCGAACUACAAACGCUAACAUUUGCAAUCUGUAACACUAACGAAGGAAUGGCUGAAUUAAAGAAAACGCUGAAAAAUUCUGAGUGUGAAAUGCGCCAUGUCAUCUUCAAACGUUUGGAUAUGACUAAUGAUAGCGAUGUUAAAAAGACUGCUGAACAACUUCUUUGCGAGAUUUACUGUCUGGAUUUAAUUGUGAACAUUCCAAAGCUAAUUGCAACCCUGGAGUCGAAAGAUAUUACAGCCAAGACAGAAUCAGGAAACUUAAAGUUGAUCGAGACACUUCUUCCUCUGACCGAAAAUGCCGGUAAAGCAACGAUACUAAUUGGCACUUACGAAACGAUAUCUGCCGAAGAGUUAGCAGGACGAUACCAAACCGUUGAGGAUGCCCAAACGGUUCCAAAUUUUGAAUUCUUGUUGCAACAAUUGUCGUUCAGAUAG